CCCGGCCUGCCGGCCAAUAAAUACCGCCCGUACGGAACAUUCUCGUGAGCUCUGACACACCAGAUUCCUCCCUCACGGGAGCAUAAUUACACUUGCCUGCCCCCCACUCCCGCACAAAUUACCCAAUUCCCCAACCGCUGCAAUGGAGCAAAUUGGCGGCGCCGCGGCCGCCACACGUUUCCGCCGCCAGCACCACCACAAGCCCGCUGAGAGAUUCCUCGGGGUGCUGCAGCCUCAAUCCCCCUCCGCCGCACCGCCUAUCGAGCUCUCCGAAGACGACAUCUUCAGCACUCCGUCGGGCUGUUCCUCGCCUCCUCCGCCAACUCACCGGAAUCUCAAUUCCACCGCCUCCGCCGUCCGUAGCGACCACCGCAAUCACUACGGCAUCCUGGCGGCUCUGAACGGCAGCAUCGGGAGCCGAUCCGGAUCCGAACACGGCAUCCAGCCCGUGUUCAACCACAAGGCCUCAAUCGCAGCGUCAAUCUCCUCCUCCUCGUCGGCCUCGGCCUCUCCCGCCACGCCUCUCUCGUCGUCUCGGAUGCUGAUUCCGCGGCCGCCGCGGCCGCGAGCAGAUAGGGUGCGGGUUUACCAUCAAUCGGCGCCGGUGAACAUUCCGGUGAUGCCGCGGGCGCUGCGGAGGAGGGCGAUGGAGCAGGACGACGCCGUUUCUGAAGGAGAGCAGGAGGAGGAUGAUGGAGUGAGGUUGCCGCCGCACGAGGUGGUGGAUUCUAGGCAGUCGCCGUUGCUUGCGUGCUCGGUGCUGGAGGGGGCUGGACGGACCUUGAAAGGGAGGGAUCUCCGGCAGGAGAAGUUGAUUUUGCCUGAGAUUAGUAAGUGACUGGCCAUGCAUUACUCGGCCUUGCAAAGGUUCAAGGCGUUCUACAAUCUUGAUUAUCUGUCAAACUAAAAGAGAAAAAUUCUGAUGGUGUCGGUAUUUUUUAAGGGCACCCACCCUGUUCAUGUGUCUAGUUUGGAUGCCAAAUGGCUGAACAAUGUAUUUAUGUCAGAGCAUGGGCUUUCUGUUGGACUGAUUGUGCUUUGAAACAGUUUGUCAUUCUUAUCGAGCUGCAGGUGCAACUCUAGUCAUGCUUGCUUGAGCAGAAACUCUGCAGAAGUGGUGUUUUGCCAUCAUGAACUCUUCUACCAUAUUUCAUUAUCUAUUUGUUC